AAGUGGCAGAACAAAGAGUAAUAGAUAGAUUAUGCGAUCAAGAAAGCCAGAUUGGAACUAGUAAAAGACCUGAAAAUGGUAGUAAAAAUACUCUGCCAAAGAAUAAACGGCAGAAAAAAUAA